AUGGCCCCGCCACAAUGCUCUACAGAACUCAAGCGGACCCUCGCGGGCAGACACGCUAGAUUAACAUCGCCGGAUCUCUAUCCCCAACUUCACAUCGGCGCAUCUGCUAAAUCCCAAAAAUCGCAACUCGAUCACUCCCAAUCCCACGCCAUCGCUCCUAGAUACUCAACCUAUCCAUUCCACUGGACCACCUGUUCGCCUCCGGUCCGAAACCUGGUCAACGCACUCGCUUCACUUCGCCGUCACCGUCGAAUCGUUCGUCAGCUCGUAGGCAGACACGUUAUUCGGAUCCCCGAAAAGAUCGUCAAAGCCAUCGUGCGACGGCUCCUCCACUCCUCGUCUGCUUCAACAGCCCCACUCAUUCCUAAGCGUCGGCAUCCAGCAUCUCUCCCUGGCAAAAUUCCCAUCUUAACCACCCGGCAAGCGCUGUGCAGGCCGUCGAGCCUCCAACUGGCCUUACGGGGUGCGGCCGCAGCGGGUCCGACCCGCCAGCUGAAGGCCCUACUGGUGGGAUAA